AAGAGGAUGAUCAAGAAAUGGAUGGUUGAUGAUACACCCUGUUCACCAUUAGAYAAUCUUAGGAACAAACCGGGAGGAUCGGAUACCAGUAGAAUGGGUGUUAUGAACAUGCUGGGAGUAUUUAUCCUUAUGAUAGCUGGAGUGGUUGUUGGGUUUGUUUUAYUGAUCCUAGAAUGGUUUACAGCUUCUAUUGGUGACUUUUCCACAAGAAGAAUAUCACUUUCAGAAGCUCUAAGUUGCCGAGUUCAACGUCUUCYCAAGCACAUCAAGAACCCACAGGCAGUGAAAUUAGAGACGAAAUGCGACGUAAAAUUCACAGACAGUAAAGCAACACAAACACAAUCACAACAGAACAUCASCGCUGAAAACACCCCAUACUAUGCUCGUAGAAUGAAGCAAAAUUCCUAUCAACCAACAGGGGAGUCUUCUGGUCGGAAAAGAGUGAUGUUAAAAGACAAACCAAAUACAACAGACUUUUUCUACAGACAAAACGGAAAAUUUAGUUAUCCCAUCMGAGAAAAACUGGACUCCAAAUCCACGAAUUCUUCUGCACCGGAGAAAAAAUUGCUUCUUUCGAAUCGAAGUUCUAGAAAAAGUCCAAGUAUAAACGUCUGAACAGCUAAUAUCAUGGAUAGAACAUGAAAUAUUUGAUUUAGGAUUUAAUACCAUCUUUGAGAUCAGCCAACAUGCAUCGGCUGAACUAUGAAUCCUUGGGUCCCGCACAAUUAUACAAUAAAGGAAGGAACGUCCACGUUAGUCUAUUCUGCUUAUACGCUAAAACGCCGGUAAAAGUAUGACAUAUAUACCUAAGAGUGAAUUUCACUUUCUUCAUAAUGAAAGGAASAAGRAUUUACUGAAGCUWGGCGCAACUAAUUAAAACUCCUAGGAUUGCCACCAUUGAUUAGAAGACUUUCCAUCGCUGAGCUUUCAAGUUGGUAAGCCAGUGAAAGCCAGUAAAAUAUAUAAAGAAAAUGCCUCAUAUUCUUGACAAACAGCGCUUUUUGACAAAAUAAAAUUUUUCAAAUUUU